GUCUGCAGAGGAGAUUGCUCAGGUACCAGCCAACUCCACCAGCAACAUCCUCAACAGGCUGAUGGUGACAUAUGACUCUCGCAUACGACCCAACUUUAAAGGUGUUCCGGUGGAAGACAAGAUUAAUAUGUUUAUCAACAGUUUUGGCUCCAUCCAGGAAACCAACAUGGACUACCGUGUGAACAUCUUCCUGCGUCAGCGGUGGAACGACCCGAGGCUGAAGCUCCCGGCAGACUUCAAAGGAGAAGCGCUGACGGUGGACCCCAAGAUAUUCCAGUGUCUAUGGAAACCAGACCUGUUCUUCGCCAACGAGAAACAUGCCAACUUCCAUGACGUCACGCAAGACAACAUCCUGUUAUUUAUCUUCAGGAAUGGAGACAUUCUCAUCAGCAUGAGGUUGUCAGUGACCCUGUCCUGCCCUCUGGACCUCACUCUGUUCCCCAUGGACACACAGCUCUGCAAGAUGCAACUGGAGAGCUUUGGCUACACCACCAGUGAUCUGGUCUUCAUGUGGAUGACAGACCCAGUCCAGAUGGAUGAAAUCGCUCUUCCUCAGUUUGACAUCAAACAGCAGGAGAUACAGUACGGAAACUGCACCAAAUUCUACCAAGGAACAG